UUGGAAUUGGAAAGCAAUUUAUUCAGCAAUAUACAAUGGGAAAGUGACAGGUUACUGAUGAUGUGUAUUGUGCACAUGUGGUGCGCUGCAGCUGUAUUGCAAUUGGGGACCCAACAAACUCAGACCCUAGAGACGAGAGGAGGCACAAGGUGAGCCCGGAGACCAGUCACUGAUAUGAUCGGCAUAACGAGACGUGGGCAGGGCAGCAGCGUCUUGUGAACACAACUGGGUGUCACCCUGCCAGGAAGACUCGCUCUCAUUAACCCGAAGGAACAUAUCCGGGUGUCCCAAAUGCAGCAGCACAGUGUGCGGAGGGGCUGAGCCCGGCCAUGUGUACGUACACCUGCGCAUGACUGCAGCUCGGAUGUCCUUGCAGAUAGUGCCGAUAGCUUCGCACUGCCCGCGGCCACAGCUGCUGGAUGCCCGUGACAGCUGCUGGGAUCCGGUGUGUCCUCGCUUCCCCCGGGGAUGAUCAAUAAGGUGAAAGCAGCAGUGUCCGGGCUGGUGGGGUCUCUAUCCAACAAGCACAGCGCCCUGCCCGGCCCAGUUGCCCCCCCUGAGAAGGAGCCCCCCAGGGCUGUCACCGCCAAGCCGCAGCCGCCCUGCAGACCCGGCUUCCUGAAGUUGUCACCAGAGGAGUUUCAGAAAUCGGGUGAUCACAAUGGCAGGACAGUGCUGAGCCCUAAGACCCCCGGGGAGCUGCAGUGGGGGACCGGUUACGCAGAAGUGAUUAAUGCUGGAAAAAGCCAGCACAAUGAAGACCAAGCUUGUUGUGAAUUUGUGGUUGUUGAAGAAAGGGAUAACAAAUGGAAUAACAAUUGCAGUGAAUUACGCACUGAGGAAAGCUUCAACUCUGAUUUGCAAAGAAGUAACAAGGUCAGUGACAUGCUCUGUUUCUAUUACUGGGGACUAUUUGAUGGUCACGCCGGAUAUGGAUGUGCAUUAACUUCAUCAAGGCUCCUUCACCUUCACAUUUGCGAUCAGCUAAGAGACCUUGUAUAUAUCCUGCAGCAGCCUACAGUUGCUGCUCCUCUGUGUCUGUGUAACGCCACUGCGGCAGAAAAUGCUUCAUGCACUCCAACUCAUGAGAAAACUGAGCCCCCUCUGGAGACCACAAUCCGUUUCCACACUGAGAAACAAGUGUUUCCUGAGAGCCUUGUCAUUGGAGCACUGGAAAAUGCUUUCAAACAAAUGGAUGAACAAAUUGAAGGAGAAAGAACUUCACAAAACAUUGAAGGAGGCUGCUGUGCUCUAGCGGCUGUCUGCUUGAUGGGCAAGCUUUUUGUAGCCAACGCUGGUGACAGCAGAGCUAUAAUCAUCCGACAGGGGAAAACCAUUUCAAUGUCACAAGAGUUCACUCCUGAAACUGAAAGGCAGAGGCUGCAAUUCCUGGCUACCUUGAAGCCAGAGCUGUUGGGAAACGAGUUUACUUGCCUGGAGUUCCCACGAAGGAUACAGCAGAAAGAACUAGGGAAACGAAUGUUGUAUCGCGACCACACCAUGACAGGCUGGUCUUAUAAGGCUAUUGAAGAAGAAAAUAUGAAGUUCCCACUUAUUUAUGGAGAAGGCAAAAAGGCUAGAGUGAUGGCCACCAUCGGAGUAACACGAGGGUUUGGAGACCAUGAUCUUAAGGUGUAUAACUCAAACAUCUACAUCAAGCCAUUCUUAUCUUGUGUACCUGGGGUGAAAGUUUAUGACUUGGCUGGAUGUGAGCAUGGAGCUGAUGAUGUCAUGGUAAUGGGCACUGAUGGACUGUGGGAUGUCAUUACUGACAGAGAAGUGGCAGAUAUUGUUCAGAGAGUGUUUGCUUCACAUGGUACUGACCAUCCAAACAGAUAUAAUCUCGCUGCACAAGAACUUGUUCUCCGUACAAGAGGGGUUCGGAAAGAGAGUGGCUGGAGGCUAGUUAAUGGAAAGAUGGCCUCUCUGGAUGACAUAUCCGUGUUUGUUAUUCCAUUAAUUGGGUAUGGGAGCUGAGGACAACAAAAUGGAAGAUAUAUGUAUAUUAUUGGCACAAGGAUGGUACAUUACCUCAGUGCUAUCAUUUGGAGGCACAGCAAGCGCUAAGCACUUUAACAGAAAACACUUUCCUCAAAGACUCCGUAUUUGAAGCAUAUAUUUUUUAUUUAAAUGCACAUUACAGGUUUGCAAAAGCUUAAAGCCAGUCUGUAAUAAAAUCAGGUUAUGUGACACACUAAGGUCAUUCCAAGUUAUUUCAAAUUAAUCUACAAAUUAGACAGUAUGAAUCGUUUCCCUUUUAGGAACAUUUCCUAAACGGUCAAAAAUAUUGCAUUGUGAAUAGCUUACAUAAUGCAGUUCAUGCUGUACAUAUAUGAAAGUACAGUGUAAAUACAGGAAAGGGAAACGUCAAGCAAAGUGAUGCCCUUUUGGUAGAACUAGACAUAAAAAUAAAAAAAUGCGAUAUACAGAAUAAAGGGUCUAAUUCAGAUCUGAUCGCUCCUCUGCAAAUUUGCAGAGGGAUGCAAUCAGAUAGUCGCCGACUAUAGAGAGUGAAAACCCCGCCCCAUGCAAGUGUGCGAAUUAAUGCAUUUUUCAAACAGUACACCAUGUGAAAACUGAAACAGUGCGCCAUGCGAAAACUUCACCAGACAGCGGACAGCUGCAAAUCUGUUCACAACUCACCAUCAAAUUAUUUUUCCAGUAUGUGCAUAGCCCAGUACUCACUCCUACAGUGCUAUAGAAUAAGGCUGUUUGGGGCUGGUGCUGACAUCACACACCCUCCCAGAAAACGCUUGGGAACGCGUUUUUUUCCUGACACUCCCAGAAAAUGGCCAGUUAGCACCCACAAACGUCCGCUUCCUGUCAGUCACCAUGCGUACGCCUAGCGAUCGAAAUUUUCGCACCAUUCUGUCACUGUUUGAGCUCGCGCCUGCACACUGUGGUGCAUACGCAUGCGCAGUCAUUCGAUAACUGUCCGCUGUGCGAUUUCGCAUAACAGUGGUCAGGUCUUAAUUAGGCCCAAAAUCAGAUACUGAUAAACCCAACAUGCAGCAGAGAAGUUAUAUUGUAGAUUUCUAAACACACGGGAUAAAAAUAGGUACUGUGGAUUCGCACUGUGUAUUGUCCAUAUACAGCGAAUCAAGUAAUGCUGAAUGUAAAACAUUGGAUAUACAGUGCACCCGGGCCCAGAAAAUGCCAUACAAAACUGGGCCUAAUACAGUAAUGGUGCCUGAUGUGCAUACAAAUGUGUUUGUAUUUUAUUUUAUAUAUUAACAAUUUACUUUUAAAUAAAAUGGUUUAUGGAUUCA